GAAGGAGCCCAGGCCACGCGCAGCUCGCCCUCCCGCACCGCGAGGGCAGCAGCCGCCUCAUGCGACUAGAGAACGCUAGGGGGCGCCGCUUCCGGGAGCCCGCAAGCGGCUUCCGGGGGCUCGCGCGCCGACCUGGACGGAGAGAAGCCAGAGACUUUCGCUUCCGGCUGCCGCAGGCGCUUCGCUGGUGCAGACGCAGUGCUGAGCCCACAGCUACCGGACAAAGAGUGACGCCCGGAGCUGGAGUUAUGGCGGCUGUGGAUUCGAUCUUGGCGGCCACUGGGAGUCCCGCGGCGGUGCCACCGGAGAAACCGGAAGGAGCCGGUUCGAGCUCAGACCCUGAGCGUAACUGUGUGGGCUCCUCGCUGCCAGAGGCCUCACCGCCUGCCCCUGAGCCUUCCAGCCCCAACGCCGCGGUCCCUACGCCCCGAGCUGCGGCCUCCGCGGCCCUGGAGCUGCCCUUCAGGCCCGCACCCGUGAGCGCAGCGCCUCAGGCCGAAGCUGAAGCGCGCUCUACACCAGGCCCCGCCGGCUCUAGACUCGGUCCCGAGACGUUCCGCCAGCGUUUCCGGCAGUUCCGCUACCAGGAUGCGGCGGGUCCCCGGGAGGCUUUCCGACAGCUGCGGGAGCUGUCCCGCCAGUGGCUGCGGCCUGACAUCCGCACCAAGGAGCAGAUCGUGGAGAUGCUGGUGCAAGAGCAGCUGCUCGCCAUCCUGCCCGAGGCGGCUCGGGCCCGGCGGAUCCGCCGCCGCACGGAUGUGCGCAUCACUGGCUGAGCGGUGGAGCUGCGGGCGGCCAGGGCCGGGCGCUCUGUGCGGACUGGGGCCAUGAUCGGGUCUGGGGGCCUGAGCCUGGGACCCCACCCCGUGUUAAUGAAAAAUGAGUUUUGGCAGCGCC